CUAAAAUCUGCAGCACACGAUAAUGCUUGUUUUCCUGCUGGGUUGCUAGCUGGAUUAGAAUCUUGCUACCGUAUUGGCUGCGAUGUUGGCACUGACAGCACCAUAGCCAAUAAAGUGACAAGAUUUUAAUCCAGCUAGCAAUCUAGCAAGAAAACAAGCAUCGUGUGCUGCAGGCUUAACAAUCCAGCAGGAAAAGAAGCAUCGUGUGCCGCAGGUUGGAAUAGAUGAAAAAUGUUGGACCAAUCACAAAUAAGAAAGAAGGUGGCCAGACUCUGAUUAGAGGAUUUCUACUGUAACGAAGAGCCAAACUAGCCGAAACCGAGGACUGAGAGAAACGACUGGAACGAGAAAAGUGGUGAAAAGUAGGAUUGUGUCAAAGUUGUCUUUAGCUAUUGUGAGCUGUUUGCCUGAUACGAGUUGUUGUUCGUGCAUAGUGGUUAAAAAUUUUGGGAAGGCGAAAACACGCAUUACGUCAGAAUUACAAAAUGUUUCGCAGUUCGACGAAUUUUGAUAAAUUAUUAGAUAAGGCAACAAGUCAUUUGCAGUUAGAACCAGACUGGCCUACAAUUAUGCAGAUUUGUGAUCUUAUACGUCAGAGCGAUGUUCAACCAAAAGCUGCACUCACUGCUAUAAAGAAGAAGAUGGUAAACAGUAAUCCGCAUGUAGCACUAUAUGCCUUACUGGUAUUGGAAUCUUGCGUAAAAAAUUGUGGGACAUUGAUUCAUGAUGAGAUAGCUACCAAACAAUACAUGGAACAACUAAAAGAACUAGUUAAAACUUCUCCACAUGAAAAUGUUAGACUAAAAACUUUAGAGCUAAUACAAGCUUGGGCUCACGCAUUUCGUCAUAGCCCCAAAUAUAGGACAGUUCAAGAUACGUUAAAUAUAAUGAAAGCUGAAGGUUAUCAAUUUCCUGCUUUGAAAGAAAGCGACGCUAUGUUUAGAGCAGAUACUGCACCUGCAUGGGCAGAUGGUGAAGUUUGCCAUCGGUGUCGUGUAACUUUCAGUAUGGUUCAACGGAAGCAUCACUGCAGAGCAUGUGGCCAAGUCUUUUGUGGCCAGUGUUCGAGUAAAGUCUCCACUUUGCCAAAAUUUGGAAUUGAGAAAGAAGUACGAGUUUGUGAAGCUUGUUAUGAACAAGUUAACAAACCAUCUACAACGCAAACCAAAGAUACCGACCUUCCAGCAGAAUAUCUCAAAAGUACUUUGGCUCAACAGCAACAAAUUCCAGUUCGAAAAACAGAAGAAGAACUACGAGAAGAGGAAGAAUUAAAUUUAGCAAUAGCCUUAAGUCAGAGUGAAGCUGAACAAAAAGAAAAAGAAAAGAAACGUGCUACAAGCGGUUUAAAAUCCAAUUCAACUUCAAUAUCUAGAACAACAUAUUCUCCACCACCAUCACCUGAUCCUAGCCCAUCACAGGUACAAGAUGACGACGAGAUUGAACCUGAACUUGCUAAAUAUCUAAAUCGUAAGUAUUGGGAACAAAGGCAAACUGCAAACGAAGAUCAUGGAUCGAUUGAACAUGGGUCAAGAGUGGAUGUGACUAGUCCAUCUGCACCUAAUAUAAGCAGUCCCAUGCCUCAAAAACUAGUACUAAUAAAACAGGAAAAUGGUGAAAUCGAUACUCAAAUGGAAGAAUUCGUAAGAGGUUUAAGAUCUCAAGUUGAAAUUUUCGUAAAUAGGAUGAAAAGCAACUCCUCGAGAGGCAGAUCUAUUGCUAAUGAUAGUUCAGUUCAAACUUUAUUUAUGAAUAUAACAGCUAUGCAUUCCAGAUUAUUAAGAUAUAUUCAAGAACAAGAUGAUAGCAGAGUCUAUUAUGAAGGUUUGCAAGAUAAAUUAACUCAGAUGAAAGAUGCUAGAGCUGCUUUAGACGCUCUCCGAGAAGAACAUAAAGAGAAAUUACGUAGAAGGGCAGAAGAAGCCGAGAGACAGCGACAGAUGCUAAUGGCGCAAAAACUGGCAAUCAUGCGAAAGAAGAAGCAAGAAUAUUUACAAUAUCAACGUCAACUAGCUUUACGAAAGAUUCAAGAACAAGAAAGGGAAAUGCAAAUGCGUCAAGAGCAACAGAAACAACAAUAUAUAAUGGGAAGUUAUCAAGGUAUUCCAGAUUUUAUGGGACCUUCUCAAGGAUCGCCUGUUCGUCACGUACGCUAUCCGAAUCCAGGAACUAAUUACAAUCCGAUGUCACCUACAAAUCAAGGAGUUUAUAUGUAUGGACAACCAGCUAUGAGCCAAUAUCCUAUGCAGGGUUAUAACAUGCCACCGAUGAGUACUCUGCCAGUGCAUAUGAUGCCAUCACUUUCUAAUCCGGAACAACAACCACCGGAUCCAUCCAUCCAAGGACAGGAGAAUAUAAGUCAUGUAUCUAUAUCAGGUCCAGGAAUAAUACUGCCUCAAAUGACACCAUCUAUUCAACAGUUUCAGCCACCGAACAAUCAUCAAAUAGAAUCUCCGCAAGGCCCGACGAUACAUAUGUCAUCGGGACAAAUUUCAGCAGGCAGACAUAUAUCACCUCAACAAGGCGCCUCGUCUCAAAUGCCACAGCAGGUUGCUCCUCUGACUCAAAUCAGGCUGCCUCCAAUACCUCAAGGACACAUGGGCCCUUCAUCAGGUCCGAUAGCUUCGGGGAGUCAUGUACCUACUGGUGUCAUAGUUGGUCUGUCAUCGCAAAUAGGAUCACAAUCAUCUACCUUAUCUGGUACCCAAGGAGCUUCAAUACCAACGCAUGUUUCCAAUACUGCUAUAUCAUCCCAAUCUUCAGGUGUUAUUCAAGUGCCGUCUGCCGGAGCUAACAACGGACCUGUUCCUGCAGCGAGUCAAACCUUACCUGGUUCUCAAACGCCUAAUGUACCAACAAUGCAAGGAAUGGCUCAAAUUCCUGCUGUGAAAUAAAUUUCAUUUCAACCUGCUCCUCCAAUCGCAACUACAACUAACGAAACUCCUCAAGAUGCAGAAGAAACAAAACCUAGAACAGCAGAGCUAAUUUCUUUCGAUUAAAUUAAAUUGAAUAUUAUGUACAAUAUACUUAAAGGCAGAAAAAAUUUCUUUUUAAAU